UUUCCGGUCAAAAAUCACGUUUCAGCUGAUAGGUAACUGAACUGUUUCAGGUGUGACUCCAGCACAAUGUCGGACACAGAGGACCCAGAAGAAAACUUGUCUAAAAAACACAAGAAAGAGCGAAAAGAUUUACAAGCACAAAUACAAAAACUCAAACACUCGGUACCAAAGGGAGACAAGAAGAAGAAGAAGGAAGUAAUGGAGCAGAUUGCCAAACUGGAGCAUGAUCUAGAUGAACAACAGGAGGCAGAAUCACAGAAACUGAAGGCAGCAACAGCCGAUGUGUCAAAUGCGGCAGAACGUCUUGGAGGUUUGGACAUGAACGAUGCUGAGUCUAUUUCAACCAGCUCUGUUGGAUCAGCCAGUGCAGCUUAUGUGCAAGAGGAGAAAAAAAUAUCAAAGGCACAGAAAAGACGUAAUAAAAAAUUGGCAAAGGAUCGUGAACGAGAAGAAGAAAUUAAACAACAGGACAUUCAGAACCUCUCGGGUGCCAGACAUAUAGAACUGCUAAAAGUAAAAGAAGCACUGAAAAGUCAAAAUCUGCAAAUCUUUGACAUUAAAUCUGAUGGAAACUGUUUGUAUAAUGCUGUCAAUCAUCAGCUGGAAAAGAUUGGGAAGGGCUCUUCUAACGAAGCACUGCGUAAUCAGGUCGCCAAGUAUAUGAAAGAAAACAAAGACGAGUUCCUGCCGUUCCUUACAAAAGAUAAUGGUGACAUGUUUACUGAGGAUGACUUUGAGAAAUACUGCCAAGACACUGCUCACACAACUGCAUGGGGAGGUCAACUAGAGGUCAGGGCCUUAUCACAAACUCUUAAACAACCAAUCAGAGUGGUGCAAUCAGAGGGUCCGUCAGUCCAUGUAGGAGAGGAGUUUGAUGGCCAGCCCAGCAUUGUUGUGUGUUAUCUAAGACAUGCAUUUGGUUUAGGUGAACACUAUAAUUCUGUUGAGGAUUAUAUACAGGAUGAUGAUGAAGAAUUCUCUUGAUAAGAUUAUACAAUAUUUUAACUGUUAUAAUCAACAAAUGUUCAGGCAUCAAAUCAACUUGUCCCCAAUUUUGUCUUGUUUUUGAUAUGUAAUUGUGGUAUGGUUAUUGUUUGUGCUAACAAGGUUUGGUUCAAAGGCUGGUCAACAGCAGUUCUUGUUUUCUUCAACUGGAGGAGGAAAUACAGGUUAGCAGCAGUUUUUAUUUUCUUCUAUUCAAGGAGGGUAGGACAUCAAUAAAACAAAGAUGAUCUGGCUGAAAAUUUAUCACCUUUAGAUGUCCUGACUAAAGUUUUAUUUCUAAACUAGUAACAAUUUUCAAAAGAUGCCUUACAAAUUAGAUAAUGUCACAAAAUACUCUCCAUGCCAUUAAAAAAUGGCAGGCUGUGAUUUCUGGCAUAAAAAACGGCAGGCUGUGAUUUCUGGCAUAAAAGAUGGCAGGCUGUGAUUUCUGGCAUAAAAGAUGGCAGGCUGUGAUUUCUGCCAUAAAAAAACGGCAGGCUGUGAUUUCUGCCAUAAAAAGAACGUGGGCUGUAUUUCACCAUUAAAUAUACCAGCCAGCUGUUUCAUCUGUCACCAGCUUACGAAGCGACCAAUGUGAUUUGGUUCGUGUGUGGACAAUCCCAAUAAAUGAAUGAAGAAAGAUAGUAAAAUUUAAGCAUUGAAUCAUUAUAUUAAUUUCACAUUUUCCUAUUUAGUUUUAUAGAAAGAAUGAGAAUUAAACAUUCUUACUGA